UACCGUGAUAGGUUGCCACCCAUGAAAUUUCCUUGCUACUAAAUAUUCCACGGUCAACUGUUAGUGGUAUUAAAACAAAGUGGAAGCAACUGGGAACAACAGCUACUCAGCCAUGAAGUGGUGGACCACGUAAAAUGACAGCGGGGUCAGCGCAUGCUGAAGAGCACAGUGUGCAGAAGUCACCAACUGUCUGCAGAGUCAAUAGCUAAAGACCUCCAAACUUCUUGUGGCCUUCAGAUUAGCACAACAACAGUGUGUAGAGAUCUUCAUGGAAUGGGUUUCCAUGGCCGAGCAGCUGCAUCCAAGCAUAACAUCACCAAGUGCAAUGCAGAGAAUCAGAUACCGUGGCGUAAACCUUGCCACCACUGGACUCUAGAGCAAUACUUGCCUGACUGCAUUGUUACAAGUGUAAAGUUU